AUGAAAAAAUCAAGAUCUUCCAUAUCCCUCUUCAACGAAAGGUUCCCUCCUGAACUCUUUCCAGAAGAAGAGCUUGCAGAUGAGGUUAAAAAUGAGGGCUUUGAAGGGGCAGGAGGUUUACUGGAUGAACCCGAAGAUCUAGUUGCGAUAGCUGUAGGGAAAACCCACGAUGGAGAAUCAUUUCCAGCAAAACCAAGUUUAGUUAAGCCGGUUCCGUUAUCUGAAAGUUAG